AAAUUUCUGGUUGUGAUAAAUUGGAGUAUGUGCCAUGUGGAUUGGGCCAACUAAUUAAUCUUCAGACAUUAUCGAACUACGUGCAGAUGAAGAGAGAGAAUUAUAUCCCAAGGCAUGGUGGUGAGCUAAAAUAAUUGAUGAGACUGAACAACUUAAGAGGCGAUUUGGAAGUUAUAAAUUUGAGCCAUGAGAAAGAUGUGGCAACAGAGUAUGGGAGUGCAGAAUUAAAGGAUAAAAAAUAUCUUCGAUCUCUGACAUUGGAGUGGGAUUCUCAUGUUGAAAUUGAUGAGGCAGAGGCCAUUGUUGGUUAUGAAAUGUCAAUGGAAGGCCUUCAGCCACACGAAAAUCUUCUAGAACUGACCUUAACAAAUUAUGGGGGUGUCAAGGUCUCCACCUGGCUUUCAUCACUUACAAACUUGGUCAACUUAACUUUGAAGGAUUGCAAGAAAUGUGAGUAUCUAGUUUCAUUGAAUCAAUUCCACUGUCUCAAGGUUUUGAAUCUUCAGAACUUGGAGUCUAUUGAGUUGCCUAAUCUAAAGGGAUGGUGGAGAGAGAUUGUAAUUAGUGGUGAAGAAGACGAACACAUAUCCUUGCCUUGUCUCCCUUCUCUUUCUAAAUUGAAAAUACAAGAUUGUGCUAGGAUGACUUGCCUACCACUUUACCCACAUUUGGAACAGCUGACUCUGGAGAACAACUUGAAGCCAUUGGAAGAGACAUUAAGAAUGAAGAUGAUGAUGAGCAGUACCGCUGCAUCUUCUUUCUUUCCUCUCUCCAAAUUGAAAACACUACGUCUAACUAAGAUUGAGAAUCUAGAAUGUCUUCUGGAUUGGUUCGAGAGCCUUACUUCUUCCCUCAAUAAAUUGUAUAUUUGGGAUUGCCCUAAAUUGAAGGAUUUGUGUCUAGGUAUUCUACAUCUCUCGUCACUUCGAAAUCUGUGGAUUGAAAAAUGCGAGGGGUUAGCAGACAUGCUUAAUGGUGAUGAUGGCAUUAUGUGGAAAGCCCUAAAUGGAAGACUCCACUCGCUACAACUAUGGUUUUGCCAAAUAUAG